AUGUCUUUCUCUUUAACACCAGAUCGACUGCCACAGGGUUCCUCUGUUACAUUCUUUGAGUCCACUUUUUUCACACAUGGCCCAGAGCAACCCAAGCUUCCUACUCCUGCCCAAGUCUUAGCCAGGCCUAAUUAUAUUCAGAAUCCACACGCCGAGGGCAUGAAGUUACGUCAGCCAGCCGUGUUUAAAGAGCUUGGACUUGUCGCGAAACACAGCGAGAACUCUGACGCGAUUAUCAGGGAAGGGCAGUGUCUUUGGGCCGUUCGCCACUUCUUGCCUGAAGUCCCAGUUCCAGAGGUCUACGGCUGGACACAAGAAAACGGCGUCACAUUCCUCUACAUGGAAUACAUUGAUGGGGCCACUUUACGUGAUCGUUGGAUCACUCUAAGCGCUAUCGAAAAGGACGGCGUCUGUGAACAGCUUGGAUCCAUGGUCACCAAAAUGUCACAUCUGCGCCAAGCACCUGACGAUCCGUUCAUCGGUAACGUCAACCGCGGGGCCGUGAGAGACAUGGUCUUUACUAACACAAACUUUCCACCCGCUGGCCCUUUUUCUUCAUUGGCUGAAUUCCACGACUGUAUGUCAGACAUGUUCAAAUGGCCAGCCACGGUCAAUGAUCCAGAUCUUGAUCCAGCCGACAUCACAGACCCUUAUCGAAAGAUGCUACCUGACGACUGUCCCAUCCACUUCACGCACGCAGAUCUCAACCCUGUAAACAUAAUGGUGUCCGAAGAAUCGCCUUGCCGUGUACUGGCGAUUCUUGACUGGGAACAGUCCGGCUGGUACCCUGCCUACUGGGAGUUUUGCAAAGCGGAAUUGACUAUUGAACCCCGGUCAGAGUGGCAAGCUGUAUAUUUGCCCAAGAUUUUGGAUCAGCCAGAUUGUGUCGAGUCCUUCUACUCUUAG